AUGGGGAGCUAUAAACCAAAGCUACACUACUUCAGUGUUAUCUGGAAGCCUCCUGACAUUAUAAGAAUAAAAUGCAACACUGAUGGAGCCAGCAGAGGUAAUUCAAGUUUGAGUUCUUUUGGUUAUUGUCUAAGAGAUAGCAGAGGGGAUAUACUAUUUGCAAAAUCAAGAGGAAUUGCUACAAACAUGGAGCCUGAAUGUUUAGCAAUCCUAGAUGCCUUAAUAUCUUGCAAAGAAAGGAAAUUACAAGAUGUUUUAAUUGAAACUGAUUCACUCAGUCUUAAAAAAAAUCAUUCAGAGGGAGUGGAAAGUAUCUUGGGAAUUGGUGGAGAGAAUAGAGGAAAUCAGAGACAUCAUGCUUCUAAUAGGUACCACAAUCACACACAUACAGAGAAGGCAAUGGUUUGGCAGAUUGUAUAG